UUGGUGGUUUUCCUCACUAGUCCACUUCUUGCACGGUUGCUCUGUUAUUGAGAACUGUCUACUUCAGGUAGAUUUACCAUACAGUUUGUAUUUUUAAUGAUGCUGAUAUCUGUGUAUUUGUAGUCACAGGAAUGGACAUGGAACAUGGAUUCUAUUGGCAGGUGGAUGUCCAGGAUCAAGCUCAUUACAUCAUUGCCUUCUUUGUCUUCGUAAUUGGAACAGUAGGCGCUAUAGGGAACGCCUUGGUCAUUUAUGCCUUUUUCUGCAACAAGAACGUCAGGACUCGUCCAAACUACUUCAUCAUGAACCUGGCAGUCAGUGACUUCCUCAUGGCAACUUCACAGUCACCGAUUUUCUUUGUCAAUUCUCUUUACAAAGGCUGGAUUUUUGGUGAAACAGUGUGUAAAAUGUACGCCUUUUGUGGAGCUUUAUUUGGAAUCACUUCAAUGAUCAACCUUCUGGCUAUCACCGUUGACCGCUACAUUGUCAUCACAAAGCCUCUCCGGGCCAUACGAUGGACUUCUAAGAAACGUACUUCACUCAUUAUCGCCUUGGUCUGGCUAUACUCACUAGCCUGGAGCCUUGCACCACUUUUGGGGUGGAGUUCAUAUAUACCGGAAGGCCUGAUGACAUCAUGCACAUGGGACUAUGUGACACCAACUGCAGCCAAUAAAAGUUACACAUUGCUGUUGUGCUGUUUCGUUUUCUUCAUCCCAUUGGGCAUUAUAUCCUACUGCUAUGUGCACAUGUUCUUUGCAAUCCGCCAUACAAGUAGAGAUGUGCAGAUGUUGGGGUCUCAAGUGAGGAAGCCCACCGUGAUCCAGCACCAGUCUAUUAAGACUGAAUGGAAGCUGGCCAAGAUUGCCUUUGUGGUCAUCAUAGUAUUUGUGCUUUCCUGGUCACCCUAUGCAUGUGUCACUCUCAUCGCCUGGGCUGGAUAUGGAAGCAUCCUAAAUCCCUACUCUAAAGCUGUCCCUGCUAUCAUAGCCAAGGCGUCGGCCAUCUACAACCCAUUUAUUUAUGCCAUCAUUCAUUCUAAAUACAGGGAAACUCUAGCAGACAAGGUUCCCUGUCUACACUUUCUGAGCCAGACCCCUAGGAGGGAGUGCAGUGACUGUUCCAUCAGGGACUCGAUGCUGAGCAGACAGUCUUCAGUAUUCAAAACCAAGUUUCACAGAGAUUCUUCCACAUUAACAACAGACACGCUGCAGGUUUGGAGUGAUGUGAACCUGGUCCCUAUUGAUGAGCAGAUCCACCGUCUGAGAUCCAACCACAGUUUGGGAGCUCUGCAGGAGAAAGAACAGAUGUCACUUACCAUGCAAAGCCGUGAUCAGUUCCUUUCUCAGCUGCCGCUCGAGACUGACGUGCACAGAGGAGAUGCAACCACAAUUUAAAGACUGAGCAAGGCAUGACGCUUUGUCUGGAGGAGGAGAAGAGAGGAGAACCCCAAAAGCCAGGUUAAAGAGAAGACAAGGGAAGAUGAAUAAGAGGUCCAAAAGUGAAGAUAACAGACACACAGCAACCACGUGGAAUAGCACAUGGUAUCAUCAGACUCUGUGGAUGGUGUGUCUCCAUGACCUCAGGCCUUCUUCCACAGCCACUGUUCCAAACCAUCUGGCCUGUCUCUGGAAGAAUGCUAGAAUAUUCAUUGGCAAGGAGUCUCAUUCCCGUUAGUGUCAUUGUUAGGUUCUUUGUUAAAAAUAAUGUACUCAUUGUAACACUGAUACAAACAGCAAGUAGUACUGAAUUUAGGGUUAGCAUUUGUCAGCUACCAUAUAUUCUAGUAAGUGUUUCACUCUCUUAACUCUUGUGUGAUGGACAGCCUAAAGAUAGGCUGAACAAUACCUGCAUGCCGAUCAGCCAUAACUCUGUGACCACCUGCCUAAUAUUUUGUAGAUUAGAUUAGAUUAGAUUAGAUAUAACUUUAUUGAUCCUCUGGGAAGACUCCCUCAGGGAAAUUGAGGUUCCAGCAGCAUUGUAUAGCAGCCCACAGGGUAAGAAGCACACAGUGUAUCAAAAGUGAAAGCAAAAAAAAAAAAAAAAAAUUUGUAAAUAUACAACCCCAAUUCCAAUGAAGUUGGGACAUGGGUAAAAUGUAAAUUUACCCAUGUAAAUCAACCUAUAUUCAAUUGAAUACACCACAGAGAUAAGAUAUUUAAUGUUCAAACUGAUCAACUUUGUUGUUUUUGUGUAAAUAUUUGCUCAUUUUGAAAUGG